AUGGUCCCCUUCUCAGCAGCAGCGCUGUUCGUCACCCUUCGCGUCCUCCUUCUUUCGGUCUCGACUUCACCGGUUGAAGCUGUGCCGAUGACCUCCAGCGUCACCACCCACAGCAAAGUCGCCUCAACCUCAUCGCCGUACUGGGUUGCCAACAUCCAGCGCCAAGGUACUGUUGCAUUCGGCGACGCGUCUUACAAGGUCUUCCGUAAUGUCCAGGAAUAUGGUGCAACUGGUGAUGGCACCACCGACGACACCGCAGCGAUUAAUAGCGCCAUUACCGAUGGCAAUCGCUGCGGUCUAGGCUGCGAUUCCAGCACAGUAACCCCAGCUAUUGUGUACUUUCCACCAGGAACAUACCUGGUUAGCGCGCCUAUCAUCCAGUCCUAUUAUUCCCAGUUCAUAGGCGAUGCUGUUACUAUUCCCACGAUCAAAGCAUCAGCCAGCUUCACGGGUAUCGCCGUCAUCGAUUCUGACCCAUACACGAAGGGCGCUAACUGGUACACCAACCAAAACAACUUCUAUCGCCAAGUCCGGAACUUCGUCAUUGACAUUACUUCCAUGCCUGCUACUACUGGCGCAUGUAUCCACUGGCAAGUUGCUCAGGCUACCAGCCUGCAGAACAUCGUCUUUGAAAUGGUUCAAGGUGGCACCAACAACAAACAAGAAGGUAUCUUCAUGGACAACGGUUCGGGUGGAUUCUACUCUGACCUGGUCUUCAAUGGGGGCAACUACGGCAUGUUCGUUGGAAACCAGCAGUUUACUACCCGAAAUUUGACCUUCAACAACUGCAACACCGCCGUCUAUAUGAAUUGGAACUGGGUAUGGAACCUCAAGUCUAUCACAGUCAACAACUGCGGGGUUGGCGUAAAUAUGUCAAACACCCCAACCAACCAGACCGUGGGCUCCGUCCUAGUCCAAGACAGCAAGUUCGUCGGAACGCCAAAAGGUAUCAUCACAGCCUUCAGCACGACUGGCAAUACUCCGACCACCGGCAACACGCUCGUCAUUGACAAUUGCGAUUUCACCGGCAGUACGGACGCCAUAGUCAGCUACACUGGGGAAACAAUCCUCGCAGGUGGUUCCGUGGUCUCGUCAUGGGCCCAAGGUCACGCAUAUACCACCGGCGAUGACGGCUCUGCAUCUGCCGCAACAUGCGCAAGUGCGGCUGCGUCAGCCUCCAGCACAACGAUCCAAGGGCCAUUGACCGCAGCUACCAAACCCGCUAUUCUCAUGGAUGACUCCAAUAUCUUCGAGCGCUCCAAGCCCCAGUAUGAAAGUAUCGCAUCCUCAUCUUUCGUUAGCGUGAAAUCGGCCGGAGCCAAAGGUGAUGGAGUAUCCGACGACACUGCCGCCUUGCAAUCAGCCAUGAACAGUCUCAAAUCUGAUCAGAUUCUCUACUUCGAUCACGGUGCCUACGUUGUCACUUCCACGGUCAAAGUCCCCAGUAACAUCAAGAUGACUGGGGAAAUAUGGCCCCUAAUCAUGGCUUCCGGUACCGCAUUCGCCAAUCAAGCAUCGCCAGCUCCCGUCUUCCAAGUCGGCCAACCAGGCGACACCGGCGCGGUCGAAAUGAGCGACCUCAUCUUCGAGACCAAAGGGCCAGCCCCAGGUGCAGUCAUGGUGGAAUGGAAUGUCGCCGAGUCCUCUCAAGGUGCCUCGGGCAUGUGGGAUGUCCAUAUGCGCAUCGGUGGCUCGGCUGGCACUAGCUUGCAAAGCAACACUUGUGCCAAGAACCCCAAUGUCACGGCCAACUACAACGCGAACUGUGAAGGUGCCUUUCUUCUCCUGCACGUCACCACUAAAGCGACUAUCUACCUGGAAAACAAUUGGUUUUGGGUCGCCGACCACGAGCUUGACCUCGCCGACCACAACCAGAUCAAUAUUUAUAACGGUCGCGGCAUUCUCGUCGAAUCGCAAGGACCAGUCUGGAUGUACGGCACCAGCUCUGAGCACAGCCAGCUCUACAACUUCGAGUUCGCCAAUGCUCAAAAUGUCUAUGCUGGGGUCAUCCAAUCCGAAACACCAUAUAUGCAAUCCAAUCCCACAGCCCUUAACGGCGGUUUCACGCCCAGCGACACCUACUUCGACCCUGACUUCAGCUCCUGCAACGGCGAUGCCGGCUGCGAGAAAGCGUGGGGUCUGCGCAUCUUCGCUUCCAGUGAUAUCCUUGUCUAUGGCGCAGGGUUAUAUUCAUUCUUCGAUAAUUAUGAUCAGACGUGCCUCGCUACCGAAAGCUGUCAAGUCAACAUGGUUAGCAUUGAGUGCAGCACGGCAAUCUACCUAUGGGCCCUGAGCACCAAGGCGAGUACGAAUAUGGUCACUGUCGAUGGAACUGGGGUUGUGAACGAGAGUGACAAUAUGUCUAACUUUUGUCAGACGAUUGCUUUGUUCGAGGAGGCUUAA